CACUCUUCUAUAACACGCCACUCUCUCUUCUUCUUCUUCAUAUGCUCUCACUCACUCACCCACUCUUCACACACAUUCACUCCACACAAUGUCUAAAGAUGAUAACUCUUCACAGGACUCUUCAUCUCAUCUUCAAUUGGCUCUCUCCUUAACCCUCUCUCCCUAUGCCUCUGCUUCCUCCGUUUCUGCCUCUCAUUCUCUUCUUCCCGCUACCACUCCCACUCCCAGUCAAGUUGUUGGAUGGCCUCCACUUGGAGCAUAUAGAAUGAACAGCUAUAAUAGUCAUGCAAAAUCACCAGCCACGGAAGUAGUCGAUUCUAUAGUUGACAAAAGAGCAAGCAAUAGUUCUGGGGUAAGGAAGAGUGCAGAUGGAGGCAGUGAUAGUAGCAACAUUAUUUCCAAAGAAAAAGGAAACCUCAGGAGUUCCCUGUUUGUGAAAGUAAAAAUGGAUGGGAUACCAAUUGGAAGGAAGGUUGAUUUGAGUGCUCAUGGUUCCUAUGAAACCUUAGCUCAAACCUUGGAGGAUAUGUUUGAUGAAUCAGCUACAGUCCUUACUCACAAAGUAGGAUCAAAUGCAGAAGAUGGGCAUUCAAAAUUGCUGGAUGGUUCUUCUGACUUUGUGCUUACUUAUGAAGACAAGGAAGGAGACUGGAUGCUUGUUGGAGAUGUUCCUUGGUGGAUGUUCCUUAGCUCUGUGAGGAGGCUAAGAAUCAUGAGGACACCUGAUGCUAAUGGGCUUGCUCCAAGAUUGGAAGAAAAGAACAGGAGAUCGAAUUGCAAGCCCAUAUAGAUAUUGUUUGCAUCUUUACUCGUGCUAGGAUGCAAAAAAAUAUGGCCUAAAAAUGUACAACACAAAUAGAAGUAAAAAAUAUGGGAGAAAAAAACACAGAAAAGUUAAGCAAUACUGCGAGUAAUGGAUUUUGAUAUUUAAAUGAUCAAGCCUCGGGUUUUUUUAUUUUUAUGUUUUUGGAUUCAAUUCAAAUGUUGUUUGUUCAAUUUCUCUUGGUAUAUCACUUGGAGGGCACAUGAGCCAUACAAUUUCAUGUAAUCUUAAGCAUAUAAGGCAUUGCUGUUUGUUAAUAAUGUAAAUAUGAAAUGUUUGCUACCAUUCUUAUUAAAUUUUGAUUGCCUUCUCUUUU